AUGUCUGUUCCGAAAACAAGAUCAGCGUGGCUGGCACUUGCCAUCUCCAGUGGUGCAUGUGCAGCCUUCAACGGCGUGUUUGCGAAGCUUACAACGACAACCCUUACAGCUUCAUGGUCGAGCUCUAUAGCCGUAGCUUUCGGCCUUAGUGCUUCCAAUAAAGUCGUCGAGUAUGCGAUUCGAGGGCUCUUCUUCGGCAUGAACCUCCUUUUCAACGCCAUAAUGUGGGGUCUUUUCACACGUGCUCUUACUCUCGCCUCCUCGACUGUACGGGUUAGCAUUAUCAACACGUCUGCAAAUUUCAUCGUCACCGCUAUCCUUAGUUUCAUCAUCUUCAGCGAGAGCCUCCCCGCGUUGUGGUGGCUCGGGGCAGCAAUGCUCGUAGCUGGGAGCGUGAUUAUUGGAAUGAGAGAAGAGACGGAAAAGCAAGGCGUCAUGGCUACGACCGGUGAAGCUCCGCUCCUCGAUCGUGAUGGUGAUGCCAAUACCGAAGGAUUCAGAGACGACGACGAAGACCAGGACCAUGUAGAACUGAACAGUGUCAAUAAUGAAGAGGAGAGCAGUGAUGAAGAUGGUGUAUUAAAAUAG